AUCCUGCAUCAUAGAGAACAGGAAGUUCCUACGCACGACCUUGUGCACUACUACUCUACGAAGAGAAAGGCAGCAUGGCUAAUAAGGAGCCUAGUAGAUUCAUGCAGCAGCUACGGGACAUUGCUAGUCGUAUGUCCUCCGGUCAGAGAGGAGCUGGGAUUGGCUUGAAGUUACUGUUGGGUGCAGGAGCACUUGCCUAUGGUGUUAAAGAAGCAACAUAUACAGUUGAGGGUGGACAGAGAGCAAUUAUAUUCAAUAGAAUUGGAGGAAUUCAGAAGGAUACAGUACUUGCAGAAGGUCUUCACUUCAGGAUACCAUGGUUCCAGUAUCCCAUCAUUUAUGAUAUAAGAGCUAGACCAAGAAAGAUCUCCUCUCUUACCGGAAGCAAAGAUCUCCAAAUGGUGAAUAUAGCCCUUCGUGUUUUGUCCAGACCUAUUGCAACAAAUCUACCAACUCUUUACCAGCAAUUAGGGAAAGACUACGAUGAACGGGUCUUGCCUUCUAUUGUAAAUGAAGUUCUCAAGAGUGUGGUUGCCAAGUUUAAUGCAUCCCAGCUCAUCACACAGAGAGCCCAGGUAUCUUUGCUGAUACGCCGUGAGUUAUUUGAGAGGGCCAAAGACUUCAACAUUAUCCUUGAUGAUGUGGCAAUCACAGAGCUUAGCUUCAGCAAGGAGUACACGGCAGCUGUUGAAGCUAAACAAGUUGCUCAACAGGAGGCACAGAGAGCUCAGUUUUAUGUGGAGAAGGCAAAACAGGACCAGAGACAGAAAAUCAUCCAAGCUGAAGGAGAAGCAGAAGCUGCCAGAAUGCUUGGAGAGGCAGUAACUAAAAACCCAGGAUAUUUGAAAUUGAGACGGAUCCGAGCUGCCCAGAACAUUGCUAAGACGAUUUCAUCAUCCCAGAAUAAGGUUUACCUGAAUGCAGAUAGCCUGGUUCUGAAUCUACAGGAUGAUUCAUUUAACAAUUUAUCACUGGUCAGUGGUACAGGGAAGAAGUAAAGCACUUACCAUUCCAUAUGCUGGUUUGAGACAACAGUAGAGUCCUGCGCAAGUUUGGAAACGAAGGGAAGAGGAGUGUCAUCCCUUGGUCACAUUGCCUAUUUAUUGUUUUUUGUAUUAUUGGCUUGAUUUCCAAUCCAGUAAAAUAAUGUUUAUCCUCCUGUAUAAUCACAUUACAUUUACUUUUCAAUGUAUCUGGUCCAGUUUUGAAAAUCUUUAUAACUAGGUUCUAA